AAGAAGAAGAAGAAGAAGAAGAAGAAGAAGAAGAAGAAGAAGCGGCAGCGGCAGCAGGCAACACACCGACUACUUGGUCGAACACGUCUCAUUUUUCGUCACACUGGUUCUUUCUCAUACUUUGCAUUUGAAGUGUAUAAGGCAGCUGGAAAAAAAGAAGAUUAACCAGCAACAUUUCUCCCACCGAGGUCGAGUUCCGGGCGUGAUGUUUGACGUCCUCGUGACGUUCCUCAACUCGUUCGGCUCCUAGCUUAGCUCACUAGCACAAGACAGCGACGCGAUGGGUCGAGGACGAAAGCCCGACCGAGACGGACAGCCACUUCCGGGUUGUUGGCCGCCGCCACACGGAGAAUGGGGCCCUCCUCCUCCUCCUCCAGGAGGAGAAUGGGGCCCUCCUCCUCCAGGAGGAGGGUGGGGUCCUCCUCCGGGAGGAUGGGGCCCGCCGCCGCCGCCGCCCGGGGGAUGGGGCUGGGGCCCUCCUGCCGGAGGAUGGAGCCCACCGCCGCCGGGGGGCUGGGGGCCCCCUCCUCCCGGAGGCUGGGGCCCUCCCCCUCCCGAGGGCUGGGGCCCACCACCACCCGGAGGCUGGGACCCCGGCCGACCCCCGUCACCGGGCUAUGGGCCUCAUCCCGAAUGGAUGCCUCCCCCGCACUGGGACCCCGACAUGCCUCCUCCUCCUCCUACUGGCUGGGAAUAUCCCGGCUGGGGCCCGUGCGGUCCGGCGCCCCCUCCCUGCCUUCCUCCACCUCCAGAUGCGGGUGCAGCGGUCCCCCCUCCGGGUUGCGCGCCCCCCUUUGGCUUCCCGGGAUACCCGCCCCCAGACUUGACACCCGCGCAGGAAGCGACGACCGACCCGUCGCCGGAGCAGCCCGAGUGGAUCAAAGCGUUGAUUUCGACCACGGACAGCGCCCCGGCGGAAAGUAAGCCGGAGGCCGUCGAGCCGGCGGCCGUCCCUAAAACCGCGGCGGCGGCGGCGGCGGACCUUGCCCCCGCGGCAGAAGUCGGCGGGUUGGCCAAGGUCUUCGGACUGCUGGGAAAGCGAUCGUUUGACAAGCCGCCGGCGGGCAGAUCAACGGGCAUCAUCUCCUUCAUCGGGCCCACGUUCGGCCACAUCCAGCGGGAAGAUAUGGAAAAGUUCACCUUUGACUUCGGGGUCUUCUUCGGGAACCCCAAAGCCAUGAAGCCCGGCGUGCGAGUGCACUUCACCGCCUGCGUCUUGAAGAAUGCCCAGAUCGCGACGGACGUGAAGGUGGCGCCGGGCGGCACGGAGAACGUGGAGCCGGACAUCUACGAAGGCGUGGUCAGCCAGCCCAUCGUGGAGGCCCAGGCCGGCGAGCGGCAGUUGCCCGGUCAGGUGCACGUGGACAUCGUGCCGGUGAGGACCAACCUGCCGUUCGACAGCAAGGACAGCGCCGUCACCCUGCUCAAGAACGACCGAGUUCUCGUCAACCUGCUGAGGGACAUCGUCACCGACAAGAGGCGCGCCACCAACAUCCGCCCCAAGCUCCCCGAAACCUUCCAGUUUACCAAGGAGACCCGUGAGACGGGCACCAUCGUCAGCUUGGGCGACGGCGGAGGCGUCAUCAGGUCGGACGCGCGCGGCGAGCUUCCCUUCGACGUCAAAGAGAACUUGAGCGACGUGGACUUCACCCCCGAGGACGUCAACGAAGAAGUGGAGUUCACCCUCCACAAGGUGCGAGCGGGCGAACGGGCCGUUCGCAUCCGACGGGUGAAGGAGUCUCUCCUGCUCACCCUCUGCAGCCCCGUCUCAAAGGUCCUGCCCGCGCCGGCGGCGAAGGUCCGGGCGCCGCCGGCCAACGCGUGGCUGGACCCCGAGCUGUACGAGGGCGUGGUCAGCCAGCCCAUCGCCGAGGCCGCGGACGAUAAGCCGGCCUACCCGGGGCAGAUCUUCGCCAACAUCGGACCGCUCCACACCAACGUGACCUUUGAUCGCGGGGACUGCGGAGUCACGCUGCUGAAGGACGACCGCGUGCUCCUCAGCCUGCUGGUGGACACCGAGACCCGGAAGAAGCGCGCCGCCAACAUUCGACCCAAGAUCCCCUUCACCUUCGUCCAUACUAACGAGAAGCGAAAACUGGGCGUCAUCAGGAGCCUGACGGAGUCCGAGGGCAUCCUGGCCUCCGAGGAGCACGGGGAUCUGCCCUUCCGCCUCUGCGAGAACUUCAGCGACACGGAGUUUGACGCCCAAGACGUCAACAAGGAGGUGGAAUUCACCCUGUCCCAGGUGGCGGACGAGAAGAGAGCGAUCAGACUUCGUCGGACCAAGAUGGUGGCGGACCGAAUUCUGAUGGAGAAGAAGAGACGGGAAGAGCAGCGGGAGGAGGACGUGAAGAAGAAGAAGAGGGAGGAGGAGGAGGAGCAAAAAACUAAGAAGCGCAAGGAGGCGGCGUCUGCGGCGCUUGCCGCCGCCAAGGACAAGUGGACUCCGCUGGGCUUCAGCGUGCCCGUUCCCGACAGCCAGCUGGAAAUCAGCAAGGAACGCUUUGACGGCACCAUCCUGAAAGCAGCCGGAAGACGGCGCGGCAAAAAGGAGCCCCCGGACGAACAGGUGAAAAUCGAGGCGGAGGAAUUGAAGAUCAAGCAGGAAGAGCAGGCGACGACGACGGAGGAGGACGUGAAGGUCAAGGAGGAGGAAGCGGACGCCAAGCAGGAAGCGGACGGCGAGGGAAAGACGGACGAGAUUCAAGGCGGCGCCGGCAGCCCCGAGGAGGCGGGGCUUCUGGUGAUGACCGUCGACGGUCGCCAGAAGCGGCUUCCUUUCGGCCCCGACGACCUGCUCUCCGCCGCCACCAUGUUGACCGGCGACAAGGUGCGCUUCAACGUGGCGACCCAUCGGGAGACCAAAGAAGAACGGGCCGCUUUCGUGGAAAUCCUUUCCGCCACCUUUGAAGAGUCCACGGAGCAACGACGGCACGGCAUCGUCAUCGAGUUCUCCGAGGAUCGCGGCCUCAUCAAGUGCGCGCAGAACCCUCGGCUCUUCUUCCGCUUGUCGGAAGUGAUUGGAAAAAAGAAGCUGCAGCUGAACGAGAAGGUGGAGUUCAGCGUGGUCCCGCAUGACCAAGCGGCGGGCGGCCACCAGGCCAUCAGGAUCAAACAUUGCACCGACAACGUUUUCCUGCCGGCCAGAAAACUCUGCGCCGUCGCCGCUGGCAAAGGGAAGAUGACCAUCAAGCUCGCCAAAGCUUCAGAAGACUCUAAGCGCGAGGUGCCAAACGCGGACCGGCUGAAGACGGUGGUGAAACAAUUGCGGGCCCCGGUCAAGCCGAGCGCGGGCCCGUGCCGCGCCUACAGCAGGAGUCGCAGUCGCAGCCCCCCCACCGACAAAUUCGGAAGAGAAAUCAAAAGGAGGCGCAGCUCCAGUCGAGAACGCCAACGCAAAAGCGGCCGGCAGAGACGAACCGCGAGUCGGGAAAGGUCCCGCCGACGUACGAAAAGUCGCAGUCGCAGCAGGAGCCCGAGCGGAGAAAGAUCUGGAAAGAGAAGAAGCAAAGUGGCUGGAGAGCAGGGAGGAGGACACAAGAGGAGGAGGGAGCGCAGCCCCCCUGCCAGGGCUCGCGGCGGAGCCGUGGAUGACGAGCUGGCCAGAAAGAAGCGAGAAUUGGAGGAGCUCAACGAGAUGAUCGCCUUCAAGAAGUCGCUGAUGGAUCCCCGAGGCCCGGAGCCCGGACGGCGGACGUGCAUCGACUACGACCACGGCCGCGUCGCAAACCCUUUGGCCGACUUCAGACCGGUCCGUUCCAUUUUGAAGAAACCGCCGGAGGACCCCGAGUACCCUCGCCGCCUCCCUCCCACGUACGACGAUCCUUACUACGACGGGCCGCGCUCGGGCGAGCGCUAUUCUGACAGCUACGCUCGCGCCUUCGCCGGCCGGCCGUACGAUCUCGUGACGUACGAAAGCUCCUCCGCCGCCGGCCAGCGUUACACGGACCGCUACGACGUUUACGACCAGCCCUAUGACGAUCCGUGCCACGAGCCGACGUAUGCGGACCGCCCCCCUCGCGGCCCCUACGCAAAGAACCGGGCUCCGGAAGCUCGCGCGCCGCCGUCGGCCUCCGUCCCCUCGUCUUUGCCGACGACCUUCGGGCCGCCCUCUCCCGCUCCGCCGCCGUCCAAAAGCCCCUCGCCGGGCCGCGCGGACGCGACGCCGGCCGCGGUCCCAAAGCCCCCGCUGGAUCGCUUCCUCGAUAUGCUUCAAAAGAAGGCCAUUCCGGAAACCCCGCCGGAGCCGGUUCCGGUUCCGGCCAACGACGAACUCCUGCCGCACGAGCGGGCGCUGGAAGACGGCAAAGGCUUCUCUCGGAUCGUCGGUCUGGCCGGAGGAUCGCCGAGCGGCCGCGUCGGCGGGGAGGAUGAGAACGAAUCGCCUUCGGCGGAGAGCAAGACCGCCUCUUACGGCCAGAUCCAGACUUUGUUGCGGACCCUCGGCCUGAAGCUGACCGCGGCGGACGUGGCGCGGCUGGCCAACGGUGCCUCCGAGGCCUCGUCCGGCGCGAGAGAGGGGUGGGAGCAAGCCCUUCGACUUCAGGCUGACGCCGUGCCUUCCCUCUCCCCCGCCGGAUCGUGCGACGCGGAGGCCCCCGUUCGGAGGAAAGGUGUCUGCGAGUAUGAAGAAUUCCUCGAUCAACAAGAGUUGGAGAUGCUGAAAAAGGCUCGAGAGCUGCAGGAUCUUACCAAGACCAUGGCGAGCACGUCGUCGACUCCCGGGCCUCCGCCCGCACGCUACCGCCAUCCGUCCCCUCCGGUCAACUGGCCCCUGGAGAUUUCCCCCAAAGCUUCUCCCCCCGUCCGAGGGACGUCGCCGUCGGCGACCGCCGGCGAGGGGCGGUCCGACAUCUCCGCGACGGUGGCCAAAUGCCUGAAGGUCAUCGAGAGCGUCAAGUCUUUGACUGCCACGGCGGCGGCGAGAACGCUCAAAUCGGUCCAGUUCAGUUUCCCGCAGGAGCCGGCGAUGACCUCCGGUCCCGCCGGCUCUCCGGAGCGAGUCGGCGACGUGAAAAGCGGGCGCCCAGAGAAGCUGGAUUUGUACAAGCGGAAGAUGGCGGACCCGCAAGGACAGCGGUCCAAGGACGCUCGAGCGCACAAAAGACAAGGCGACGGCGCCGCCAUUGCCCCAGCUAGCACCUCGUUUUACAUCGCCGCUGCCGACUGGGAGCAGCGCUCACUAAAGGGCCCUUAA